UCAGAAGUAAACUUUUCUACAAAGAGAAAUACAGAGAGAGUUAGAGACAAAAGAGAAAGAUGAAACUUGUGCAAGAAGAAUACCGUAAAGGACCGUGGACAGAACAGGAGGACCUCCUCUUGGUCAACUUUGUCCACUUGUUCGGAGAUCGAAGAUGGGAUUUUGUAGCGAAAGUUUCAGGUUUGAAGGUGGAGGGAGAAACAUAAGAAUAGGUUUAAACAGAACAGGAAAGAGUUGCAGGUUAAGGUGGGUUAAUUACCUACAUCCUGGUCUCAAACGUGGUAAGAUGACUCCACAAGAAGAGCGUCUAGUCCUUGAGCUUCAUGCCAAAUGGGGAAACAGGUGGUCAAAGAUAGCCCGGAAAUUGCCGGGGAGAACAGAUAACGAGAUAAAGAAUUACUGGAGGACUCAUAUGAGGAAGAAGGCUCAAGAAAAGAAGCGGCCUAUGUCUCCAACUUCCUCAUCUUCAAACUGUUGCUCAUCAUCUAUGACCACUACAACUACUCAAGACACUGGUGGCUCCAAUGGGAAAAUAAAUCAAGAAUUCGAAGAUGGAUACUACUCAAUGGAUGACAUAUGGAGAGAGAUUGAUCAGUCUGGGGCAAACAUUAUAAAACCUGUAAAAGACAUCUACUACUCAGAGAAAAGUUGUUACUUGAACUUCCCUCCUCUAGCUUCUCCAGCAUGGGAAAGUUCCUUGGAGUCUAUUUGGAACAUGGAUGCAGAUGAAAGUAAGAUGUCGUCUUUUGGUAUUGAUCAGUUUCCUCUCAGUUUUGAACAUGGUAGAUCAUCGUGGUCGUCUUUAGUCUAGGAUUUGAUUCAGUUGGGAUGUUUAUAUGUGCAGCAUAUAUAUGUUAUCAAACGACCGUAGUAGUUUUCCAGGACUGUACUAAUCUCAUAUGUAGUCAUCAAUCAUGCUAUGCCUUUGUUUCCUUUCAAAGUUCAAAUAUGCUAGCUUGUAGAGUGAGUGAAAAGAAUCCAAUGUGUAAUACAAGUCAAAACUCUAUUUCCAAAAUAAAUAGAUUUUUUGUUGUUGUUAAA